AUGUUGGCAAGUUUACACGGAUAUAAUGCUGUCGUACGUGUCUUACUUGCUCACUGUCCUGUUGAUAUUGACCAAACCGAACUCAAAGGACGUGUAUAUAGCAAUAACGGAGAUUUAGUACAUGGCGCAACUGCUUUGUGGUGCGCACUUGAUCGAGCUCACUAUGUUGUAGCACAAAGUUUGAUUGAUCUGGGUAAAGCUAGCGUUAAUAACGGUCCAUUUCAUCCACUUUUAAUUGAUGCCAUUAUCAGGGAACGAUUUGACAUCGUUUGCUUCCUGGUAGAGAACGAUUAUGCUGAUGUUAAUGAAACAGUGACCAAUGAUCAGAAUAAAUGCAGCAGUCUAAUAGUAGCUGCCGCCAAAGGCAAUAUACAGAUCAUGACUUAUCUCAUAGAAAGAGGCGCCAAACUCGAUUGUAGAACCUGUAUUCAUGAAAACACACCGCUUACUGUUGCUGCUACAGAAGGUCAUGUAGCAUCAGUAAGAUUACUAUGUUUGGCUGGCGCCUCUUCUAGUAUGAGAAAUCGUUAUGGGAAGACUCCACUGAUACUAGCAGCCGAGAAUAGUCGACUAGAUGUAGUCGAUUUUUUACUCGACUAUAAUCAAGAUGAAACAGCUUUCAAUGAUCUUGAACUACUUGCUUCUUCCUAUAUGGUCUCCAACAAUGAUGAUGAACGUCAUGAACCUGAACGGAUGAUACGUUUUUUGCGACAAUCAAUUGAAAGACGUGUACUACUCAAUAUGCCGAAAAGCGUUGCCCAGCCUAUUGCUGCUUAUGAUUUUCAUAAAGAAUGCCAGUUCAUCGAUGAUCUCGAUCAGAUCCAACACGACACUAAUCGUCUAUACACUGAGGCAUUGCUUAUUCGUGAACGUAUUCUUAUACCUCAAAAGAAUGAAUCAUUGUUUGAUCCAUUACUCAAACGAGUGACUGUACUUGUUGAAAGGAACGAAUUCGACCGUGCCCUGCAUCUAGCAUUUCCAAACUUCCCAGCUACAAGACUUCUCCUUGCGUAUGGGAAGCAAUGGAUUGAUUUAAAUGCCAUAAAUACAAUUCGUGGUGACACUGCCCUACACAUAAUAUCUCGUAGUUCGAAACGAGUUACCAGUACAAAUCCGAUAGCGGUCGUUGAGCGGCUAAUCAAUGCAGGAGCUCAUAUUGAUUGUGUCAAUGAAUAUGGUGAGACACCACUUGCUGUAGCUAUCCACAAUGAAAUUCAAGACCUUUUGCGACUGAAACAGAAUCCACCAUCAUUGAAAUGUAUUUGUGCCCGUUUCAUUGCUGACCAGCAACUAGCCUACGAAUGUUUAUGGCCGACACAAACACCAUUAAACACCUUCGUCUUGUUACACGGUGGCUUGAGACGUGAACAUUCUUUUUCAGAAAGUGAUUCAAUCUCAUUUGUCGAUUAG